GGCCGGCGGGGCGCCAUGUUGUGCCGGGCGGCGUGCAGCGCGAGCCGGAAGCUGGUGCCGGCGCUGGGGGCCGCGGGCGCCCGGCAGAAGCACAGCCUCCCGGACCUGCCCUACGACUACGGCGCGCUGGAGCCGCACAUCAACGCGCAGAUCAUGCUGCUGCACCACAGCAAGCACCACGCCACCUACGUCAACAACCUGAACGCCACGGAGGAGAAGUACCAGGAGGCGCUGGCCAAGGGUGACGUGACAACUCAGGUAGCUCUUCAGCCUGCACUGAGGUUCAAUGGUGGAGGUCAUAUCAAUCACACCAUUUUCUGGACAAACCUGAGCCCUAAUGGUGGAGGAGAACCCAAAGGGGAAUUGCUAGAAGCCAUCAAGCGAGACUUUGGUUCCUUUGACAAAUUUAAGGAGAAGUUGACUGCUGUAUCCGUUGGUGUGCAAGGCUCAGGCUGGGGCUGGCUUGGUUUCAAUAAGGAACAGGGCCGCUUACAGAUUGCUGCUUGUUCUAACCAGGACCCCCUGCAAGGAACAACAGGUCUUAUUCCAUUGCUGGGGAUUGAUGUAUGGGAACAUGCUUAUUACCUUCAGUAUAAAAAUGUCAGACCUGAUUACCUGAAAGCUAUUUGGAAUGUAAUCAACUGGGAGAAUGUAACUGAAAGAUACAAGGCUUGCAAAAAGUAAAACCUGACCCUCAAACUGAGUACAGUAGCUCUUCACGUACUUUUGCAGUAGCAUAGAAUACCACCAUGUCCCAGUAAGUUGCUUUGUUGUAAUAUUUCUUAAUGUGGCUUAUUCCGAUAUUUAAUAAAUAUAAUUUAAUGCUAUGAAUAAUUUCUUGUAUUAAAAUUUUGUUAUCAGACAAUUAUUUAGAAAUAUUAAAUGCUUUGAAUGAUUUUAGUCUUUUGAUUGAACAUUUUCUUUUGAGACCUAAAAUAGCUGGGAAGUUAUAAUUGUCACAAAACCAUUAAAAAAUACCAUUGCUAUACUCUUGGGGCCUCUAGAGUAACCUUUCUAAACCUGUUUUAUUGCACUUAUUGAAAAUCUGGUCUUUGGCCCAUGUUGUUUGACAAUAAAAUAUCAUAUUUACCUCCCAAUGGGAAUAUUCAGUUUUCUAUUGUGAAAAUGCUCUAUUUUUAAGUUGUCCCCUGUCUAGAAUCACCUCUGGUAGUGAUCACUGGGUAGUUAAUUAAGGUUACAUGUCACACAAGGUUCCACUGACCAUUUUUUUUAAAUGUAUAUAUAACUUAAUUGCUAAAUGAGAAUUGCUUUAUUAUGAGAAGGAAAUAGUUGUGCAUCUGAAUUUUUCUGCAAGGAGGACUCUAAAGACCUGUGCAACAUUUCAUGUGAAAGUUUGUCUGCUAACAUAGAAAUAUGUGUUACGUAAGUGCUUAAAACAAACAAAUCAGAGUCAGAUUGGGAAACUCAGUGAUUAGGAUGGGGCCACAGACUGAUCUGAUUGGGCCCUGCCCCUCUUCUUUCCUUCCUUUUCAUGACCUCCCUCCCUCGAGAGAGCUGCAUGCACCUUCUUGAAGCCACCUUCCAAACAGAAGCAACUUGAUUUUUGGAUGAGGUCAGCAGUGUGUCUCAGGAACAUGUAUUUUCAGGCUUAGUUGUGAGUUAUUCCAUUCUUACUGAUGAUUUCCUUUUGUUUUUUAAGUGGUACAGUCACUACAGAAAGUUCAUAUUGUUUAGUUUUUCCAGUAAAGGAAAAACUAUUAGUACAGUAACACAGAACAUCAGAUUGUUUAGUUUUUGAAGAUUUUAAAUACUUUCCCCUGGGUCCUCCCUGGUGGCCUAGGGGUUAAGUCUCAGCCCUAUCACCUCAAUGGCCUAAGUUAGAUCCCCAGCCAGGUGGGUGACCCACAUGGUGCAGCAGACCUCUCCUGUCUCGCCUGCUGCUCCCCUCAACAGUGUGUUUCAGUCAAUCCAUCCGCCUGUCCUGCUCCCCUUCUGUCUCUGGUGAAUCCUCUCACAACCCCCAACCCCAUACCACUGGCCUAUGCCCCAGUUCUUCUAUGCAAAAAUAAAAUCUUAAAAAAAUUUCCCCUAACUUUUCCUGGUUUCCUCCCCCCCCCACAAUGGAAAAAUGGAGUGACUUAGCAGUUUCAAUAUUGAAGACUGAAAUUUAAAAAAAUUGAAGGUACUUUUAAAAUACAAUUAGAAAAGUGUUUAGACUUGAUUGCUGUCGUUUAUUUACCAUAGCAAAGGGACCGAUGGCGUGCAGAUGGGAGUCAGGAUUGCUGUUGCACGUGUGUGUGUGUAAACAUGUAUGCACACCCACAGGCAGUGAACUGCUCAAACAGACCAUCAAGAAAAGUUGGGCCUUUUUGAAAGACAGACUAGAAUACAGCGGUCUGCUAGACCCUGGUUUGAAAGACAGACUAGAAUACAGUGGUCUGCUAGACCCUGGUUUGUGCUGAGCCAGCAGGCAUGCAGAACCUGCUGCCUUGUACAAGCUUUCUCGCCCUUCCUAAGCUUUAACAUUUCAAAAAAAUUCAGUGUUGAAAUUUCUAUGGAGCUCUGUUUUUGCUUUAUCUUCAUCUUGAGAGGAGGAGGGAUAAGGUUUUUCAAUAAGGUUUUUUUUCCCUCCCUGUUGGAUAGAUUUUAAGCAACUGAGGUAAUUAUAGACUUGGAUCAAUCCAGCAGAAAAUGAGUCUUUACGAGUCUGCUUAGCCCUGUUUCUCGCAGUUGAAAAGAGAUGGACAAAUUGAAACAACAAUUCCUUCUGAAGCAAACAAGGGUCAGCCACCCAAGGAUUCUGUGGCCCGGCCCGCGUGCCUGCUGUCACCAUAGCUGCGCUCAGACACCACCUGUGACUCAUGCUUUGCUGGAACAACGCCAACAUCCUGUAUGGGAAGUGGUAGCUGUUGCUUGAACUGUUGUGCAAUAAUUAAACUUUGAUGUUGAGAAAUGACAGCUUCCUUGUAUACCUCA